AUGUUGGCCUCUGUGACGCAGUUUCAGAGCCCUUGGCAUUCUGGAAGUGCAUCGCUUCACAUUUCAUCUAUCCUCACAGUGUAUCCAAACAACUUGAGCGACUGGACGUUGGACUUUGGCUACCGGCGAGAGCUUGCCGAACUUCAGCGGCAGCUCGUGGACAGUGCCUGGAAGGCAUUGAAGCCCGCCGGUGUGCUCAUCUACUCGACAUGUACCUUGAAUAGGAUGGAGAACGAGGAGGUGUGCGACUACUUGCUGAGCAGGGGUGCGCAGCCCCUGCGCAUGGCUGACCUUACAGGAAUUGAGGAUGCAGGUGCAGGUAUUCGACAAGAUCAAGAGCAUUUGCUCCGAGUUUGGCCACAAACAUUUGACACGGAGGGCUUCUUCCUUGCAGCGUUUCUGAAGGAGGAGUCGCCGGACCUUCCGUUCUGGACAAGCACACCUAGGCCUGCAGGUGCCCUGACGUGGACACCGAUUCGUGCCAUCACCCUGUCGCAGCUCAUCGAGUCCUGUGAGGAUUCCUUGGGCUUUCGCCCACCCCUCAUCUCCACCUGCUCGAAUCGCUUGGUGCUGCAGGAGGAGCAGAAACAAAUUCUCCUCCUGCCGCGGGAAAGCAUAGGCCGUGUGCCCCAAGCGUUGCACGGCCUAGCUAAGGACCCUGGUCUUCCCAUCGCAAAAUGCACGGCUUCAGGGGACUUGCAGAUCACCGAUGAGGCCCGACUGCUCUUCGGCCGUUGCCCAGGGAAGUCAAGCCAGCAUUCAGACUCCGCUGAAUGGCUGCAGUUGGCAUCAAGGUUGGAGGCCAACCUGGGCAGCUUGAACUCCGAGCUGAAUGCCCGCGUUGAGUCUGGUGAUGCUGAAAGUGCCAUGGCAGUUCUGGCUCAAAUCAACGAGCGCCGUCUGGCACCAGAUGUUGUCACCUACACUACCCUGAUGAAGGCUGGCGCUCGGAGUGGAUCCCACAGCCCAGUCGAGGUUGAGCGGAUCGUGCUUUCAGCAGUGCAGGAAAAGAUUCUCGUGGACAUUGGUUUUUUCGCCACCGCCCUCUAUGCCUUCGCCCGAGCCGGAGAUCUGCCGAGGGCAGAGAGAUGUGUUUCGAUCAUGCGCGAUGCUCGAAUUGUUCCGGACCUGGCAUGUUACAACUCGUUGAUUCACGCUGCGUCCAAAGCCGGCCAGCUGCAUCGAGUUCACCACUGGCUUGACCAGGCCGAGAUGUCCGGCUUGCCCAUGACGGGUGUAUGCUAUGCUUCUGUUCUGAACGCUUGUGCCAAAGUUGCAAAUGCAGAAGGAGCAGAGGCCUGCAUGGUUCGCAUGCAGCAGCGCGGCAUUGUCCCUGACCUGACCUGUUACAACUCUUUGCUGCACGCCUUUGCUAGGGCAGCCCUGCCACUGCAGGCGCAGGCGUCUUUGGCAGAUUUGCGAAGCCAAGCGCUGCAGCCGGAUGUCAUCACCUUCAACACUUUGAUCAGCGCUUACGGUGGCUCCAGGGAGUCGCUCCAACUUCUCGAAGUGCUCUUCCCGGUUCUGUUGCGGAUUUGCCUUUGCUCUCGAGCGGUGGGCGUUCGGGCGUUCCAAGCUGCCCAGGAGAUGAAGUUCUGCUCCGUCCAGCCCACCGCUACAAGCCUGUCAAUUAGCAGUUGCUCAGAUGAUGCGAUAGACAGGCUCCGAUGGUUACCUCCCAAGGCGAGAACCUACGUUGCGUUGGCCUCCUCCUUUGAACGAUCCGGUCAGUGGCAAGCCGUGGAGGUGAGCUGCAUCCCACUGUGGUUCGCUCUCUGCAUGGCUGAUCCGGCCGCUAGUCUGUCAGGAUCGCAAACAGCAGCCGGUCGCGUUGCACAUUUCGGCUCCUGA